GGAUUAUGGACAAUGAUAUAAUAUAAAAAUAUUGUCAUUAUCUGGUUAUCAAUCAACAAUCUGGUUUUUUCAAUUAAAUUUAAUUUUUAGUAUGUAUCAGCUUUAAUAUCAAAAACUAGUUGAGCAUAUUCCACUUUAUUUUCAAACUAAAAAUGAUAAUACUUUGGCAAAUUGACUAUAUUCAAUAGCAGCCCAUUAAUAAUUAUAUUGUGAUAAAAAAAUUCAUAUAGAAUCGAAUGUAUCCAUAUGCUUUAUGAAAGAAUAAUAUAAAAAAGUGUAAUAUAAAACCAAUGAAAAAAAUAAUUUCAAGCAUUCUAUUGAAUCAACUGAUCAAAUAAUCGGGCAUUAGGCGUUAUAUUUGAAUAUUCAAAUAUAACGAAAGUAAUCUCAGAAUUUACAGGGUUCGCUUUUGAAAGAACUUAGAAGUUGACAUAUCUCGACAAAACAUUUGUUUUCCUGUUUUCCCUCCUCUUCACCGAGCCACAGGUGUUACAGAUGAGGCCAUAACCUUAAACUUUUCAAUUGUCCUUCGUUUUGUAGGGGAACCCUGUGAAUAUGUUCAUUUUUGUAUAAUGUUAUGUUUUGUCCAUUGUAAAAAUUGUUCAAUUUACAGACGCAUUCCAAAGCAGGUACACCCCAAAGAAGUAUUAUAAGUAUUGAUAAGAAUAUAGUUAUAGAGAUUCAAUAUGGGAGAUGCUCAAGCUCCAAAGGGCAGAGCUGCCCUCUUGGAAAAGUUAAGAUUGAGGAAACUGCAACAAGUUGGUAUACAGCCCCCACAACCUGUUGAUCCUGAGCCAGAAGCUCCUCCGAAACCUACUGGAAGAGCUGCUUUGUUGAAAAAAAUUCAGGAAAGUCGACAAAAAAAGGUUGGCAGUGAUGUAUUACAUGUGAAUGUAACAUCUUCUGAAGUUGCACUUCCUCUUCAAGCUGGAAUUGAAUCAAAAGAUGUGUCUGAAAUUACAGAAGAAGUUUCGAAAUUAGCUAUCACCAAAGAACGAGCACCUGUUACUUAUAGAGGUGAAACUGGCAAACCUGUCAACGUAACUUCAAAUUAUAUAAGAUUAAGGAUUGAAAAGGAUAGAGGUGUUUUUGAAUAUGAGGUUCGAUUUAAUCCUGAUGUUGAUUGCAAAAGGACAAGAUGCAGAAUGGUGAAUCAACACAUGGCAGAAAUGGGAAAAAUUAAGAUGUUUGAUGGUGGAGCAGUACUCUACCUACCAAAGCUUCUGGCAACUGAAAAAGUCCAUUUUGAAUGUUCCCUUCCCACUGGAGAACCUGUUACAAUGGAAAUUAUUUACAAACGAAAAAAAAAUAUGUCAGAAUGCCUUCACUUAUAUAAUGUGCUUUUCAAAAAAGUCAUGAGAGCCUUGAUGUAUUCACAAAUGGGUAGAAACUAUUAUAAUAUGAAAGAAAAGUAUUCAAUCCCACAACAUAGACUCGAAGUUUAUCCUGGAUUUGCAGUUACUGCUGAUGAACUGGAAAGUGGUCUUCUUUUAUGCCUCGACACACAACAUAGAGUUCUAAGGUGUCAAAAUGUUUACGAAUUGAUGUGUGAAUUGAAUAGAGACCCUAAUUUUAAAGAAAAUUUCGCAAAUUCGGUUAUUGGAUGUUGUGUUUUGACACGAUAUAACAAUAAAACUUAUAUCAUUGAUGAUGUUGCAUGGGACACCAGCCCAAGUGAUGAGUUUGAAACGUCAGAUGGAUCUGCCAUUUCCUUCAUCGAUUACUAUAAAAAACAAUAUAAUAUCACCAUACAAAAUGGAUCUCAACCAUUAUUAGUUAAUCGUAAGUCUAUCAAAACUUCCGAUGCAUCUGGAAAAGUAGAUCGAAUGGUUUGCUUAGUACCUGAAUUAUGUUACUUAACUGGGCUGACGGAUAAAAUGAGAGCAGACUUCAGGGUUAUGAAAGAUGUUGCGGCUUAUACUAGAGUUACUCCCGCCCAAAGAGUGAACUGCUUGAGAACGUACAUACAAAAUGUAUCCAAGUCAGCUGAAGCACAACAAAUUUUAGGGGACUGGGGUUUAAAAUUAGAGGAGAGUACCAUUCAAAUGGAAGGUAGAUUAUUAGGAAAUGAAACUAUUCUUUUCGGCGACAAUAAAGAAUUUCGAUGUGGAAAUAAUGCCGACUGGACGAGAGCCCUUUCCGACCACAAGACAACGUUACCGAUUGAUCUAUUGACUUGGGUGGUAUUCUAUACUAACCGUGAUAAAAAUUCUGCUGCCAAAUUUGCAGAAACAAUGACAAGGAUAGGCUCCGCUUUAGGAUGCAUUAUCAAAAGGCCACAGUUGGUUCCACUAAGGGACGAUCGAAACGAAUCCUACAUAGACUGCAUCAAGCAGUAUGCCAGGUCCGGAACGCAAUGCUGUGUUUUCAUAUGUCCGACGUUACGGACCGACAGAUACGGAAUCAUAAAAAAAAUGUGCACCACUCAAUUCCCGAUUGCUAGUCAAGUAAUUCUCUCCAAAACACUGGCUAACGAACAAAAAGCCCGUGCAAUAAUCCAGAAAAUAGCUCUUCAGAUCAAUUGCAAAUUGGGAGGAACAUUAUGGACCCUCCGAUUUCCGUUCAAGAAUUGGAUGAUAAUAGGAAUAGACGUUUAUCAUCCGCCCAAAGGUUCGAAAAGUGACUCGAUCUGCGCAGUGAUCUCAAGUUUGAACGAAAGCAUAUCCAGAUGGUUCUCCAUGGCCCUACCGCAAAAAGGAGAACUGAGUGAAUUUUACAAAUUGGUGUUCAAGAAAUCCCUCGAACAGUAUCAGAAAGUGAACGGCACCUUCCCAUCGAAAAUCGUAAUAUUCCGUGAUGGUGUCGGUGACGGUCAAUUGGACCAUUGUUUAAGACUGGAAGUACCCCAAUUCGAGGACACUUUAAGACAGUUUCAUUUGGAUGCUAAACUUUGUUUCGUCGUAGUCCAAAAGAGGACGAAUACGAGGAUAUUUUUGAGGAACAGUCAGGGUUACGCGAAUCCCGAACCCGGUACAGUAUUAGAUCAUACGAUCACCCGUAAAUAUCAUUCCGAUUUCUUUUUAGUUCCUCAAAACGUGAGACAGGGUACGGUCAAUCCAACUCAUUACAUUGUUUUAUAUGAUAGUUGCAAUUUUAAGCCAGACCACAUACAAAGAUUAGCGUUUAAGUUGUGCCAUUUGUAUUAUAAUUGGUCGGGAACGGUUAGGGUUCCCGCACCGUGUCAAUACGCCCAUAAAUUGGCUCAGCUUUACGGUCAGUACAUAAACAAUCCUGUUGCACCCGAGUUGGCUGAUAAAUUAUAUUACCUUUAAUUUCGUUCAGUUUGCUGUUACAAGCGAGCCACCUUUUUUUUUUGUUAUCGUGUGUUUUUUCCAAAUAAUUUUUUUUAUGUCAGAAUACUCUUUAUUUGAUAAUCGACAAAUUGAAUAUUGAAAUCUUGUUAGUUACCAUUUCCUUUUUUUUUUAAUUUCAUUACUGUUGUUUAGUUAAUUGAUAUACUUCGAGUGAAACACUGAAAAAUUUGCCUUCGGAAUUCGAAAUAAUGAAUUUAUUAACAUAGUAAACACUUUGUGAUAUUUGAGACGAGCAUGUUUGAAAGGCAUGAUGUAAAAAUAAAUAUUAUAUAUUGAUAUAAACGUGAAGAAUAGUCAAUUUUAUUUGAUACUUUUUAUAAUUGAUUUUCCAAUAUAAAUUUAUUUAUUGUGA